AUGUCUCCUUAUAAAGCGAUUAUAUUUGAUAUGGGUGAUGUUCUCUUCCGAUGGGAGCCCAAAAUCAAUACUACCCUCACCACGGAUACUCUACGCGCCAUCGCCAACUCAGAUUUGUGGGCUCAUUACGAAGCAGGCGGGAUGACCUCAACUCAAUGUUACAAGCAACUAGGCGAAGAGCACGGUGUCUCACCGGAGGAGAUAGCCUCGACAUUCCGUCAGAGCACAGGCUGCCUGACUCCCGACGCAGGAAUGACGGGAUUUCUUCAUGAGCUGAAGGAUCGCGGUCUACCGAUCUACAUGAUGACGAAUAUCCCACAGCUGGACUAUGACCGGCUCCGCUUAAUGGAGUACGAUUGGCACAUUUUCGACCAGAUUUUUGCGUCGGGCUAUGUUGGCAUGCGCAAACCUGAUUUAAAGUUCUAUGAGCACGUCCUCGCAGAGAUUGGCGUGGGGGCUACCGAAGCGAUUUUUGUGGAUGACAAAAGGGGGAAUGUGGCGGCGGCACGGGAAGUAGGCAUUACGGGUCUUGUCUUUCAGAGCUCGAAAGCUGAAGAUGUUCGUGGACACAUCAGAAAGCUGCUAGCGGGUGGCCCCGCAGCUAUUGGUGCUUAG